CUAGCUAGGAUAUCGCUUGCGCUGCCCUAAGAUCUGUAUCAGCCUAGCUGUUGAUUUGAGAAGGCCAAGUUUCAAAGAUGAGUAAGCUUCAGAGUGAUGCUCUUAGGGAGGCUAUCUCAGGAAUCAUGGCUGAUUCCAAGGAGAAAAGCCGCAAAUUUGUGGAGACUAUUGAGCUUCAAAUUGGGCUGAAAAACUACGAUCCUCAGAAGGACAAGCGUUUUAGUGGCUCUGUCAAGUUGCCUCACAUUCCUCGCCCCAAGAUGAAAAUUUGCAUGCUUGGUGAUGCCCAACAUGUUGAAGAGGCUGAGAAGAUAGGAUUGGACUACAUGGAUGUAGAGGCUUUGAAGAAGCUAAACAAAAAUAAGAAACUAGUGAAGAAACUUGCAAAAAAAUAUCAUGCCUUUUUGGCUUCUGAAGCAGUCAUCAAGCAGAUUCCUCGUCUCUUGGGUCCUGGUCUCAAUAAAGCAGGGAAGUUCCCUACACUUGUGACUCACCAAGAAUCUCUUGAGUCAAAGGUUAAUGAAACUAAGGCUAUGGUCAAAUUCCAGCUUAAGAAGGUGCUCUGCAUGGGAGUUGCUGUGGGGAAUGUUAGUAUGGAGGAAAAGCAAAUCUUCCAAAAUGUACAACUGAGUGUUAACUUCCUUGUCUCUCUCUUGAAAAAGAACUGGCAAAAUGUUAGGUGCUUGUAUCUGAAGAGUACCAUGGGGAAAUCGUACCGUGUCUUUUGAUAGUUAUCGUAAUAGAUGGACAGAAUUCUUUAUCAUUCUACAGUUUUGUUGGAUGAGUUUUUUUUAGUAUUUCUUGUAAUCGACUUCUUAUGUUUUAAGUGCUUUGCAACAUUGGAUAAUUUUAAGGUGCUAAUUUUAAGCUACUCGUGUUUUUACUUAUAUUUACCUUGCUAUAUGUUUUCCUUUGAUGCGCAUGCACAUAUCCUAUGAUGAUGUUGAUGUCUGUACGGGAAAGGAAAAGGUCUUCGAUUAUGGUCUUCAUGGGCUAAGUGAUGAAGUAAAUGUUAUGUAUAAUUAAUUUAUACAUGGUUUUUUAUUUUAUUAAAACUUUUUUCCCUAUGUAACUAUUUAUUUUUUCCAACACAUUCAUUAUUUGUUAUGUCUAAAGUUC